AUGGUACACCAGCACCGGCAUCUACAGUCUCGAGAGGCGGGCGAUCUUUCUCAAGGCAAGUUCAAGAGAAAAGAAAAAUCUCUCAUCACCCAGUUUCUGAUCGUAUUUCAGUCCUGGGUUCUUCUAGGAGCUGUAACAAAGUUUCCAGAAACCAAUGUCAACUAUGAGCAUGAGCUGGCUCAGGUCAACUUCAUCGUCCGUCGCGAGACUGAAGAUUGGAGGAGCAUUACAAUCACCAAGAAACGAGACGGUACCAUUAUGCGAUCACACUUAACUCCCAAUGGCCUUCUUUUCGUGACACUCUCCGACGACACCUGCUCGUUUGAAGACUUCUUCCCCGGCUUUGAGAAAGCAACUGCGCACGCUGACUUCACUGACCUUCCACUGAGACGUCCCCUCACCUACACUUCUCAGAAUAAUUGGAAGGCCACUGUUGAUGCCUAUCAAGAGUGUCUGCAUUGCGCAUAUGCGCACCCGGAGUUUGCAAAGACGUUCAAGCCCGCGGGCUACAAAGUCAUCAAUAAGCAUAACUACUCGCAGCAUAUGGCUACUGGUACUGGCGCUGAUGAUGGUUUGUUCUUCUUCCUCUUCCCUAAUUGUUCUUUGAGCUUGUACGCUGGCGGCUUGACGUGCUGGCGCAUUAAUCCAUCUGAGAUACCUUGUCAGGCCCGCAUGGAGUUUGACUACUAUCAUAAAGCACAUGCUGGGAGUGAGGAGUUCGAGAAGUGGUAUGACUUCACGCGAAACGUUGCUGUUGAAGACAUUGAGCUUUGCGAGAAGACUCAGGCGAAUCUUAAUGUUGGUAUUUACUCGGAGGGUCUGUUGAACCCACUAAAGGAGAAUGGUGUCAUCUCUGAGAUGGAAAAAGAUGAGGCGACGCAAUCCACAGUGAGGUCAUCUAUGGAACAGCAACUGCCCUUCUCUAAGGACCUGGUUAGCUACUGA